CGGUCUCCCUCCACCAGCGCGCGGUAAUUGAAAUGGCGCGUGGAGCCGCAGGCGGCAGGAGAGCAGGAGCCCGUGACGGCCCACGUCACGGGCUCCGCAGCCCGCGGGAGCUCGGCGUGUUUCAGCGAAACUCGGCGCCGUCGUGCUGCGGCGAAGGAGCACAAAUCAUCGGUGUCAGGUGAACCGCUGCGGACUCGGCAGAAGACCGUCGUCGAAGCGGUUCUGGGCUCGUCCAGGAGAGGCUCGCUGCUCCUCCUGGUCCUGACAGAAACGAGCGCCUGUUUAUCCCCCUCCGGCUCCACGGAGCCCCGGGCAACUUCUCUCCUUCAAACCCGCCUCUUUAUUUGAGUGAAAAGACGCCGAGACAAGGGACAGUCCGAGGGUGAACCGAGCUCCAGUCAGACACGCCGCGAUCCAGACUCGGUGGCCACGAACCGAACUCGGAGAGAAACAGAAACCAGCGUUGACCGAAUCGGACUCGAGCCGGACCGAGACCGUCGAGUGCGGGUACAGCAGCAGCAGCAGCUCGAACUCAUGUCGUCUGUGUCGGUGUCCUCUCAGGAAAGCCGAAGUCUGUCCAAAAUGUCGGUGAGCCGCUCGCCCGUGUCGCCCAUGAGUCCGCAGGGCAUCCCCUCUCCCGCUCAGCUGACCAAGGCCAACGCCCCGGUCCACAUCGACGUCGGCGGUCACAUGUACACCAGCAGCCUGGCAACGCUCACCAAGUUCCCAGAGUCCAGGAUCGGCCGUCUGUUCAACGGCACCGAGUCCAUCGUCCUGGACAGUUUAAAGCAGCACUACUUCAUCGACAGAGACGGCGACAUCUUCCGCUUCAUCCUCAGCUUCCUGCGGACGUGUAAGCUGCUGCUGCCGGAAGACUUCCAGGACUUCCCGCAGCUCUACGAGGAAGCGCGAUACUAUCAGCUGACUCCCAUGGUUCGGGAGCUGGAGCGCUGGCAGGCGGAGCGCGAGGCCCGGAGAACGCCCCCCUGCGAGUGCCUGGUGGUCCGGGUGACGCCAGACCUCGGCGAGCGCAUCGCUCUGAGUGGCGAGAAGGUCCUCAUCGAGGAGGUCUUUCCUGAGACGGGAGACGUCAUGUGCAACUCCGUCAAUGCUGGCUGGAACCAGGACCCCACCCAUGUGAUCCGCUUCCCGCUCAACGGCUACCUCAGACUCAACUCGGUACAGGUUCUGGAGCGUCUCUUCCAGAAAGGCUUCAGCAUCCAGGCGUCGUGCGGCGGCGGCGUGGACUCCUCCCAGUUCAGCGAGUACGUGCUGUCCCGCCCGCUUCGCCACGAGCCCAUCUGCAGCACGCCGGUCCGGAUCAAACAAGAACCCCUGGACUAACGUGGACCUCCACGUCUGACCUUUUUCUUUUUAUUACCCUUUUAUAAGACUGAACUCAAAACUUGUAGAAACCUGCCGUCUGAAAAGCUCAUCUGGACUCUGUGUUUACGUUUUGUCUAAUCUAUUUUCAUGAAUAGUUAUCAAAUUUAAAAUAAAAUCACAUCAAAAGCUGAGCUCUGAUUGGAGAAAGGCAGUGGAAGACCUUUAAAAUUAUUUUCUUUAUUUCAUUUUCUGAAAAGGUACAAACGACUGUAAAACGGUCUGAAAUAAGUCAGAACGUAGGAAAUAUAAAUACUCGCCAAACCGACGUCCAUGGUUCAACUGCAGGCUCCGCCCAGAAUUCAUAGUAAAUACAUCAGUCGUGAUCAAACGAUGGUGCGAUGGAGACAAAGACGUUAAAGCGUUAAAAACCUUCACACGCGCCUGUAAAGUCCAUUUAAAAACACGGUUCUGUCAACUGACGCUCUGAAAGGAGGGUUCGGGUCUGAUGUCGCGUGGUCACAGGAAUGAUUGACAACCUUGUUCCGGCUCACUAAGUGUUGCAGAACUGAUCCCAGAGGAUGCGGACGGGAGGUUUGUUCAGUCUGAAUGUUACAGGGAUUUAAAAUUUGUCUCCUAGGUAGCACAUAUAAGCGCCUCCCCCUUCAUAGAAGUGGGUGGGGCCUGGUCUGGUGCAGCUCCUGAUGACAGCGAAUCUUCAUCUGACUGAAACGUGUCUUUACGGGGCGAAGCUGAUUCAUUGGGUUAAAAAUCAUUUAGCUUUCAGGUGAAUUCAUGU